UGAGUUCUGGGCUAGUGACGACGUUCGAUAUCCAUAUAAUUCCCAUGGAAAUGGCGCAUUUACGAUCAACGAUCACUGUGAAACUUCUUCUGUGAUUGGGAACCAUCUCCCUAUCCGAUUCCAAUCCAUCGUUUUCGUUCGACCAGUUUUAUAACCAUGGCCACCGACAAUGAAUCCAAAGAUGAAAGUCCCAGCCAGCCUACCUGCGAUACAGAGGCAGGGGUCAUGGAAGACCCUUCGCCUCAACUUCGGCGUGAUUUCAAGUCACGCCAGGUUAGCAUGCUGGCGAUUGCUGGGGCACUCGGAACCGGUCUUAUCAUCGGUUCUGGUACCGGCCUCUCGCGAGGCGGACCUGCCAGUCUGUUCAUCGCGUAUGUGGUCACAGGCUCAGUGAUAUUUUUCGUCAUGACGGCGAUGGGAGAGAUGGCAGCCUUCUUGCCCAUGGAUCGAAGUUUCAACGGCUAUGCAUCGCGCUUUGUGGAUCCUGCACUUGGAUUUGCAACUGGCUGGAACUAUUUCUUCAAAUAUGUCAUGGUGUUGGCUAAUAACCUCACUGCUGCUGGGUUGAUCAUCCAGUACUGGCGGCCGGACUUGAAUGUUGGCAUCUGGGUGACCGUUUUUGCGGUCCUUGUCAUUUCAACCAAUGUCUUGCAUGUCGGCAGCUUUGGCGAAUCCGAAUUUAUACUCUCCUCCCUGAAGAUUAUCGGCCUUGUGUUAGCCAUGCUAACUUGUCUCGUCAUCGCUCUCGGAGGUGGACCUAAGCAUGACCGCAUCGGAUUCCGGUACUGGAACGAGCCAGGAGCGUUUGCAGAAUAUAUCUACACCGGCUUUCUAGGCAGGUUCCUCGGAUUUUGGGCCUGCAUGGUCCAGGCGUGCUUUGCCUACACCGGCACCGAAGUUGUUGGUGCUGCCUUCGCCGAGACGCCAAAUCCCCGUCGCAACAUCCCCCGAGCAGUCAGUCACACGCUGUGGCGGAUUUGCGUCUUUUAUAUCCUUGGAGUUCUACUACUGGGGAUGACCGUCCCGUAUAACGACGAACGACUGGUCGGGGCCACUAAUGCAAAGACGAGCGCAGCAGCCUCGCCGUAUGUGAUUGCGAUACAACUCGCUGGGAUCGGAGUGUUGCCGGACAUCAUGAACGCGGUGCUGUUGAUAUUUGUGAUCAGCGCAGCGAACACCGACGUUUACGUAGGCACACGCACCCUUUACUCCCUCGCCCGGGACGGCCAAGCUCCUCGAAUUUUCAUGCGCACGACAAAACGCGGCGUCCCGGUCUACGGCGUCGCAGCGAUGUCCCUAUUCUGCCUCUUGGCCUACAUGAACGUGGCCGAAUCCUCGUCCACCGUCUUCGGAUACCUCGUCAAUCUCGUCACGGUUCUGGGAACGCUCAACUGGAUCAACAUCCUCGUGUCGUAUCUGUGCUUCAACCAUGGGAUGAAGGUACAGGGGAUCGAUCGCUCGCAGAUGCCGUAUCGGAACCGACUGCAGCCUUACGGGGCCUGGUUUGCGUUGGCUCUGACCAUCCUGAUUACGUUUUUUAACGGAUAUAAUGCGUUUAUACCCGAGUUUACGCUCUCGUCGUUCCUGACCUGUUAUUUGGGGAUUGUGGUUUAUCUGGGGAAUAUCUGUACAUGGAAAGUUAUUCGGCGGACGAAACGGGUGAAAGCGAGCGAGAUGGAUUUGGUGAGUGGUCGAAGAGAAUUUGAAGAGGAGGAAAUGGCGAGGGAGAGGAGGAGCUGAGGAACAUCGUACAGAUGAAGUUACACGAUAUGCAGGAUGAUGCUGGCAGACGAACCGAGAGCCGAUGGAUGCGGGGUUGAUCGGCAUCGCUGUAUUUAUUGCGCUUCUCG